AUGGAACCUUUCCUGGUAUACCUCUUCUUAAUACCUAUAAUAGGCUCGGUCUUCGAAUUGGCAGCAAGUUUUCAGGAAGCCAGUUUGGGCUUCAUGAACCAGUGGAUGUUUAACCAAGCCCUGCCCGGUCAAGGCUCUCCAGAGAUUUCGUACUCUGAGGACUGGCAAGUUCUCGGUCCGUUUCGGUGCGGCACACGAGAAUCCGUCUGGGGUGCAGACCCGCUAGAGAUCGAGGGCGGAUUCUCCAAGCUGCCAUUCAAUACCAGUGCGGUAUUCAACAGUGCUCUUGCUGUCAACGGAACUGCUAAAUGGGGUUUGCUUAGAGCUGACACCUCGGCCUUUUCGGAUCAAGCCAAAGCCAAGCUAGUAGUGAAAUUCCCUGACAUAGACUGGGGCCAUCUUAGCUCCGUUUAUGGAUGGCCUGGUCUGCAAUAUCAGGCCUGGGCGCGCGGUCGUUUGAAAUUGAACAAAGGAACCAACCAGAAUGUUGCUAUCUUUAUUGAAGGAAUACUAGAAUUCUCCAUCAACGGUCAACGACAUUUUGGCGGCGAUGUGUAUGGCUAUCAUAAAGUGCCCAUCAUUCUAAGCCUGCCACCAGGCGAUAAUGUGUUAGAACUACGGUUAGUCCGUGAUGUUCGGGCAAUGGGCGGUAUAGGAGAACCCACCAUUGAGGUCACAAUGGAAGCAGAUAUACGCCAUGAUCAUCUUACCGUGGAUGAACACAGUCUGAUCCUACCAGAAUUAACCGAUGGAACGCUGGGCAGCUCGUGGGCAUCGGUGAAUGUACAAAACAACGUUCCUGAUCCAAUCGAAAUUCUCUCCAUCGAGUCUUCCGAUGUUGGUACCUCGAGGAAUCUUCAAAGUUCUGAACCAAAGUAA